AUGGGAAAGCUGCUUCCAGUUCUUGUUUUUGGUCUUGCUGUCCUUGGGUUUGCAUUGACAUGCACUGCUACAACUUACACUGUGGGGGACACCUCUGGCUGGGACAUAAGCACUGACCUCAGGUUCCAAUACUCAUCAUCUAAUAGUGUUAGUCAAGUGAGCAAAGAAAGCUUUGAGAGUUGCAACACAACCAAUGUUGUGAAAUCAUAUACACGGGGAAACAAAACGGUCGCGUUGACACAUCCUGGAGAUUGGUACUUUGUGAGUGAUAACAAGCUAUAG